GGCAGAGGCAGAGGCAGAGGCGGCUCCUCCCAAUCCAAUCCAGUCCACACGAGACGAGCCCAUCCCUCCCUCCCUCCCGUCGUCUUCGCCAACCCUAGCCUAGCCUCCUCCCGCGGAGCGGAGGCGGCCGUAGAUCUAACCCCCGCCCGCCGCCAGGAGCCCUAGCUCUCCCCCGCGGGCGAUCGGCUCGGGGGCCGGGGCAGGGGACGAGGAUCCCGCGGCCAACCGCCACCUUCGGAACGGGGGCCAUGGAGGUGGACGGCGCCGCGGGGGCGGCGGCCGCCGCCGCGAAGCCGCUGACGCCGGAGGAGGAGGCGCUCCGGCGCAGCACCGACUGCGUCUACUUCCUCGCCUCGCCGCUCACCUGCAAGAAGGGUAAUGAAUGCGAUUUUCGUCACAGCGAGGGUGCCCGGAUGAACCCUAGAGACUGUUGGUACUGGUUGAAUGGCAGUUGUUUGAAUCCUAAGUGUGCAUUCCGCCAUCCGCCAAUUGAUGGUCUCUUUGGUGCCCCAACUUCUGGACUACCUCCAGUUUCUGCGCACUAUGGUGCCUAUAACCCGGGCAAGCAGAUGGUCCCAUGCUAUUACUUCCAGAAAGGGAACUGCUUGAAGGGUGAUAGAUGCCCUUUUUAUCAUGGACCACAAACAUCUGGUAAUAAUCCUGCAGAGCAGGCGGCGAAGAUUACUUCCUUCCCUUUGGAACCAUCCCAGGCUCAAAAGAAUGAAGAGGCUGCAGCUCCAAAUAAUUCAACGCAGCAAGAGGCUCGAAUAACUGAUAACUGGACUACAGCUCAUAUUUCCAAGAGUGGUGCGGGUGCAAUUCCCGCUGAUGUAGCUUCCAAUGCAGUGAAGUCUGGGCCCAACUCUGAGCAGGCACCCAGUAAUACACUCGCAGCAAAGAAAAGUUUCACAACUGAGGAUCAUCCUAUGCACUAUCAGAACCAGGUUCCUGUGGAGGGUGAACCUGUCCAAGACUGGAACCAAAAUUUUGAAAUGCCUCCUACUGAUGACCUGCCACAGAAUAGCAGGGAGGCUGAUGACUUUUUGGGGGAGUCUUCUCCUGGUUUUGAUGUUCUUGUAGACAAUGAUGGAGAUGGUGCUGCUUAUUUACAUGACGAGGAAGAUUUUGGAAGGGAGAUGUACCCGGUAGAAGAUUAUGAAUAUGCUCCAGCUGAUUUUGAUAUUCGGGCCCAUCAUGAAAGUGAGCAGUUCAACAAUGGAAUGGGUGAGAACGGACGCAUUGGACAGUAUGAUGGCUAUGAGAGGAAACGUCGUAGAUCCUCAUCUGAGAGGAGCUUAGACAGACCUUACCAUCCAGAUAGAAGGUUUCUCCACAGAGAGCUUGAUCGCGACAAGAUAGAUGGAUCAGAUCUACGCCAUCAGCUCCGCAGGAGAAGAAUAAAUGGGCCUUCGACAGCCAUUAGCCCAGAACAGGCUAAUGGGGACCGGCACUGGAGGGAUGAACGCUACAGAGAAAGGCCACAUGGUGGUCACCACACACACAGAGAUCGCUACCAGGGCCCACGAGGAAGCACUCUGAGUUCCCGUCUGCAGGCCAGAAUAAAGCUUCCUCGAAGGUCACCUGAUAGAGUUGAUAUUCGCUUCGAGGAUGAACGAGACAGGAGGAGACUCCGGGAUAGAUUUUCUCCAGUUAGGCGUAUGGAUUUUCAUGGAGGUAGGCAUCGGGAGUCUGGACAGAAUCAAGAAAGGAGCCACCGGAGGUCAAGUGAGCUUGUCUCUACUGUCAGGCAUGCAGAUGGCCUCAAAGCUAGAAGAGAUGCGGUGGAUUCAGCUCAUUUUGCUGCUCGCAGAAACUUGGGAGAGCCAAGGAAGGGAAAUGGAAUUGUGGAAUCCGAAGCAUCUCUUGAUUUUGAGGGUCCGAAACCCCUCAGUGUCAUCUUACAGAGAAAAAGAGAGGCAGCACAGGGCAAUAACCAUGAGAAAUCUGCUGAGGUUGCAGUCAUGCAGACAGGUUCUCUGGUUGAAACUGAGAAGAAAGGCUGUGGCAACAUUACCAGCUCUGCAGAUUGCAAAAGUGGUUCAGGUGACGAAGAGUAUAAAGAGGAAGAUCAUAUCCCUGUGGAUGCACACAGGCAGUCUUCUUCUCAUGGUGAUAAGUUUGAGGUUGAGUAUGCUGCUGAAGUGGAUGCAGAAGGAAAUCAAGAGGCGGAUAACUAUGGCCAGAGAGAGGGUGAGUCUGACGACUACGAGACAAUUGAAGGUCACGACUACAAAUCUGAAGAUGAAAAUGCAUACGAAGAUGACGAAGAUUUCGACGAUGAUGAUGACUUUGCUCGGAAAGUGGGGGUUGUAUUCUCUUAAGCGCUAUGGUGUCAUUGCUUCUGUUGCUUGAGGCAAAGAGCUCUAGGUUUUCUCAUUGGUCCUGUUGCUUUGAGGCAAAGAGCUCUAGGUUUUGUCAUUGGUUCUGCUGCUUGACGCAAAGCUGAAAUGCCUGCUUUGCUUAGUGCAUCUCUUGGGUGAUUUCAUCUGGCGCUUUAUGUUUCCUUUUAUUUUGAUAGUGCCAAAGCCUAUUAUUUUGUGAGGCUGAUUACUGAUAAUUAUAGGUCAGAUAAGAAGCGAGGUAGCGUUCAUAAUCGAUUUGAGGUUUACAUGUAAACAGCUGUGAUGUUCAGCAUAUCUGACCUACCCUCAGACUUUGUAUUGUAUUAGUUUCCUUACUAACAGCAGGAUAUUCCUUGGAUCAAUUUGUGCCCGAAAUGAAAUAUAAUCAACCCCCAGAAGGGGCAUUUUGCUUACA